UAAUAUGCAAUCAUAUAUGGACGAUAAAUUAAAACAAGUUAUUGAAGUCGUUCGCUAUAUAACUGAUAAUCCAAAUUAUAUUGUUGAAGGUCGUUGGUUUUGUCAGCAUUGGAAAUGCAAGCAUCGAUUACCAUGCUUAAACGUAGAAGAAUGUAAGAAUAAUUGUCCACAUGAACCACAAUGUCAAACUGAAAUGCAAUGUCUAUCCAAAUGGACAUGUAAACACGAACCAGAAUGUAAUAAAAGAAAAAAAUUGGAGAUGCCAACAUCCAAUACGGUGCGGAGACUUAUGGGAAUAUUUGAAUGUCAAAAAAGGCCAUCUCGUGAGAAAUGGAAAUGUCCGCACAAUCCCGAAUGUUAUAACAAAUGGAAAUGUCAAAACAAAUGGCAGUGUCAACACAAGGAGAAAUGUGACAUGUCGAAUCCUAAUCUGAACGAAUGCCAAAAUAAAUGUCAACACAGAUGUAAAACAGAAAAAAAAUGUAAAGAAAAAUCGCAAGCAUUGUUUCAACAGCUUGAGCGCCAGUAUAAAGACGAAUGGAAAUAUCGACACCAGUGUGAAGAUUCAAGAGAAUGUCUAAGAAAAUGGGAAUGCCCACAUGAGUCUGAAUUCCCUGGAAUUGUACACAAUCGUAAAUGUAAAGAUAGACGGAAAUGUAGAACUAUAGGGUGGCAUUGCCAACAUACGCCACCAUGCAUGAGUACGAAGAGUUGCCAAGAAAAAUGGGAUGGUGAAAAUGAAUGGAACUGUAAACAUAUAACUGAAUAUGGUGAAGAAUGCCAAAGUAAUUGGCAGUGUCUAAGUGACCCAAAGCAUAGAAACAAAUGGCAGUGUCAAAAUAAAUUAACGUUAAGUUACAGUCAAAGUGAACUUAAAGCAUGCUUAGAGAAAGUUCAUCAGCCUACCCAGUUAAACGACUUUUUCACUAAGCAGUCCGAAAAAAAUCCUCAAGUAUGGGCCAAAGCUCGGGGAGAUGUGUUUUACAGAGUAUUUGGUAGGUGGAACUGCAAUGUAAAUGAAGAUCAUAUUUGGGACAGCUCCUAUACUUGGGUAUCACUUCAAAAGUUCGUAGACAGCUCUCAGACUGGCUAUCAAGCACAUAACUUUAUGACAAACAUCCGGUGGGGUAAUAUUCGAAAAUUUCGGGCAGAUACCAAGAGGUAUAAUUUUCAGAAUGCUCAGACUGGCCUCCAGAAACAUGAUUAUGUUAUGAUUAAAUGCCAUCUAUGCUGGAAAAGCGCAUCAAUUCUAUGUUGGAAACGUAUAGUAGGAUCAAGGGAUGCACCUCUUCACGACAGGGAGCUAUGUGAAAAGUGUAGAAGUGGUAAUCUUUAUAAUAUUUUAAUUCGAUUUUAUAAUGUAUAUGUUGUAAGUGGAAAUGAAUUCCCACUUAACGACAUAGAUAGGAAAAGAUUAAUAAGAAUUAUUGUUAUGGAAGAGUGCAGUCGUUGUUAUGUUAAAAAACCAAUUGAAGCCUUUAAAGGUACAAAAAAUAAAGGCACAAACGUAAAUGGGUUAAAAAAAACAUGUUUUGAGUGUAGAACUAAAAUUUCUUCAGCAGCAAAAAUUAAACGUAACCAAAAAAGGGAAGAGAUUCAAGUUCAAAAUUGGAAGCUGCAAUAG